AUGGCCGAUGAUGAGUGACGAAGACGAUGAAAGAUGCAAGAGCAAAGUUUGACGUUGAGAAAAUAAGACUUUUAGGAAGGUUGUUUUUUUGGGUUUUUUUUUGCGGGAAUCGGAUGAAAUACACGUCAGCAUUUUGUUUCUGGCCAAGUGCAACCCACAAACGUUUCAAUCGUUCAACCCUCUUGCUGGACUCCUGCUUCAUCUUCUGUCAUGUUGUUUGCUUUGGCAUUCUUUUCUCGUCUUUCGAUUUCCUUUCUUUCUUUUUGUGCUGUGAUUCAGGAUGAUGCUAAAUGACAGCUGGACCGUGAUGAACAACAGCAGCUCGGAGCUGGACGGCAAACGAGAAAACAGGCGCAAGAAAUGCUGCAGCUUCCUCUUGUGGACGGUCCUGAUGGUCGUCACGGUAGCGAUUGUCACGGCAGCGGUCACCAUCCUCUAUGUGAAGCACUACCCGCUGCCCUUCAUAAACAGAGACGAGGUGUCGUCUUCUUCCCCCGUCAUCUCGACCAAUCCCAAAGAGUCGGGCGCCCUGGUGACGGUGUCACAGGAGGGCGACGGUGAACCCAUCAGCAUCUUCCUGGACCCCAACUGUCCCGACCCCGCCCAGCACUUUGAACGCUGGGAGGCGCUGCACACUUCACUCAUACGGGCGCUGAGCAUGCGUAACGCCGAAGACUGGCAGGGGAUGGGCCGCGUCCAGGCACUGGUUGAGGAGCUCAAGGCGACCGCGGGACACGUGCUCGACCUCCGACGGGAAGCGCAGGCGCUGAAAAGCGGCCAAGGGGUUCUGGAGCAGAGACUGGAACACCUGCAGAACCAGCAGAACCGUGUCGCUCAGGUGCUGUCAGACGAGCACGCCGGGGUCCUGAAGCUCAGUUCGGCUUUGACAGAUUCGCUCUCCAGUCUCCAGAGAGAGACAGAGAGUCUAAACAGACUUCACAGGGACAAACGCAAAGGUAGCACGUCAUGUUUGAAGCGCCUUCCAUUCAUUGGUCAUUCACGCAUCUUUGUGCUUUUAGCUCUCACGCCCAGAGACUGCAGUGAGGUCAUGGCGGCAGGAAAUUCUCAAGAUGGCGUCUAUUCCAUCUUUCCCGUCCAUGAGCCCGGUGGCUUCAUGGUUUACUGCGACUUGAGCACAGAUGGGGGAGGCUGGACCGUGAUCCAGAGAAGACAGGACGGCUCGGUCAAUUUCUUUCGUGGUUGGGAUGCAUAUCGAGAUGGCUUUGGAACAACAACAGGAGAGCACUGGCUAGGCCUGCAGAGGAUCUACGCUAUGACACGGUCAGGAGGUUACGAGUUGCGAAUCGACAUGGCCGACUUCGACAACGCCACAGCCUUCGCUCAUUACACCGAAUUCUCCGUGGGCCGCGACUCGGUCAAUCCCGAGGAGGACGGAUACCCACUGGCUGUGGACGGCUACUCAGGAACUGCAGGCGAUUCCCUCCUGAAGCAUUCCGGAAUGCAGUUCACCACAAAAGACCGGGACCGGGACCAGUCAGAGAACAACUGUGCCACAUACUACCAGGGCGCUUGGUGGUACCGCAACUGUCACACGUCCAACCUGAACGGGCAGUACCUGGGAGGAGGCCACGCCUCUUACGCUGACGGUGUGGAGUGGUCCAGCUGGACCGGGUGGCAGUACUCUCUGAGAUUCACCGAGAUGAAGAUACGGCCCGCAGCCAAACCCAAUUGACCUUUCACCCCUCACAGA